UCCAUUUUCAAAUCAAUUUAAAUAAGCCGUUUAUGAUGGUUAAAUUAAUAAAAAAUUUAUUAUUGUAUUUAUUUUUCAUUGUGUUUGAAAUUGGAACAAUAGAUUCAGCUAAUAAUAGUGACGUCACACUCCAUGAUAACGGCGAAUUAUUAUCGAGAAGGAAACGAUUUAUUGUAUUCCCAGAAGGCAGUUCUCUGCAAAUAGUAUUCUGCCUCACAUUUCCGAAUAUAAAUGUCAUGGGAGACAUUAUAUUAUGGGGGUACACAGCAGCGUUAGCGUAUGAACUACCUCAAGACCCAUAUUCUCCAUUUAUGCACCAUGCUGAUCCAUUGCAUCGUAGGGUUGACACAAAGGCGAUUUAUUACACGAAUGAAGAGGGAAGAGUUUUAUACAAGAGGCCUUAUAAAAGGAAGUUCAUAGUAAAUCCAGCGUUUGCGAAACGAAGCAUAGACUUUGGCAGUAUGAAAGCGGAGCAAUUCAAAAAAGGAACUCGAGAAAAUUUUAAAAUAAACAGAAAACAGAUGCACGCUAUGAAAAACAAACGUGACUUUUUGAAAAGGGAACACAUGGAAGGCCGGAGCAUUGAAUUUCACAGGAGCAGUCGCGGGGCUUUCUACCAAAAAAUCGAGACUAUGCUACAAGGCCUUGGCAGAAACGGUAAGGAGUGCAUGUUGAAAACGCUAUGUCUUAUUGGACAGAGUGACCACCAUCCCCAGGGAUCGCUGCUACAAGAGAUACUAAGAGCUGUGUUUACAUUUCCAAAAUCGCAUAAUGAGGAUGAGGUAUACAGCGAAUAUGACGCGGCCGUAACUUCAACAGAACCCUGUGAGAAAUUAUAUCCAGAAUGCGAAGAAGCCUCUGAAGAAUUCGACCAACAAACACAUAAAUAUUCGAGUGUUAUUUAAAAAGAGAUAUCUGAAAUAAAUUUUUAAUACAAAUUUCUCGAGAAAUAUAAUAAGAGACAGGAUUUUAUUCUUGAAAAAGUUCUGUUACUUUUCACGAGGGAUUAAUAAUAUAAAUAUUUCUUGCAUUCUUGCGUUUAUAUUACAAAAGUAAGAAGCUCUUCAAAAUAUGAGAUUCUUGAUUCUGUUUUGUUUAUUCGCAAUCUACGGUAACUGUAUUUAUUUCAAAAGAAUUACUACUAUAUAUUAAUAAUUGUGAUAGCGAGCACUUGGUAGUAGGUACUUCGUAUAUAAAUGGAUAUUAUUAGAAAAUACUUUGUACUUUUCCACAAAAAUGUUUUAUUAUAAAUACCUGAUCAGUGUCACCUUUGAGGGCAUCUUCGAAGGAUAACCUAAUAUAAAAAUUAACUUAAAAAAAUGCACUAAACGGUAAAACUGAUUGAUCUUCUGCGAAAGUCCUCGUUAUCACUGCACCAUGAUUCAUUGUG